GCCGUCGACACCAGAUGCGCGCGCCCUUCUUGCAGGGCGGAGCUUAUCUUCCGGUGUCGUACUGGUAUAGCAAAAAGCGGAAUGUGACUUUGCUGUCAAGCGGAGAAUCCCAUCGGUAGACAAGCUCCUAGGUUUCUUUCUCCAUGUUAUCCCAGAAGGAUGACAAGGACUGCGAUGAAGUUUGAUCAGAUCUUAACAAGUCCUGGGUGAUGCAACGAAUCAAUAAAAACGUGGUUUUAGCUGUUCUAACAGCUGCAAGUUCCCUGUUUCUUCUUUUUCAGCUCUACUACUAUAAAUAUUAUAUAUCUGUAAAGAAUGGUCCAACAUUUUCUAAACUAAAGGGAAGUUUAUCAUCACAAGAACGCACACAAUGGCAGGUGGUUAAGACUUUCCUAAAUCUGGCUUCCAGUCAUAAUGUGCCAGUGUAUCUUGUUGACUCUUUGGUUUUGAGUCAGCUGAGCAAGAACUUGGACCAGCUAAGAAGCUCGCCUGACAGUGUUCACUCUGAAUGCCAAUAUUUCUGCAAGCACAGAGAUGUUACCACCUUUGCACUCCUCGAUAAGAUAUGGGAACAUAAAGGUCACUUUUUUCGAUCUGCAGAGAAAAUGGGAUUUCAGUGGCAGAAGUAUGAGGGGAAGGACCCAAGACUGGAGGGAAUGGAGGAUUUGUCGGGGACACAAAUACCUUUGCACUAUAUCUUCAAAAUGGCAGCUCACGCUAUCCACUUGGUUGUGUUCUACGAGAGGAGUGGCAACUAUCUUUGGCACGGCCCUUUACGCCUGAAGAAGAAUAUGGAUCGAAAGUUUGCUCCUUUUCGGAAACUUCAGUUUGGUAGAUAUGCUGGCGCAUUUAAUAGAGCUGAACUGACCCAGAUCACUAUUGAUGGAUUAAAGGUCCAGAUUCCAAAAGACCCUUCUCAGUUUCUAAAAGAGAUGGCCCAUUCACGUUUUCUUGAGUGCAGAUUCAAAGAAGCUCGGGCUUUUUUUCAGCUUUACCCUGAUGACAUCUCUCCCGAAGGGAUAGAGUUCAGAAAGAAAGCAAAGGCGUUACUGCAUUUGGCUGCAUUUACACUGGAUAACCUUGGAGUUAGUUUCUGGUUAAGCAGUGGGACUUGUUUAGGUUGGUACAGGCAAUGCAAUAUUAUACCAUACAGCAAAGAUGUGGACAUAGGUAUAUUUAUAAAGGACUACAAAUCAGAUAUUAUCCCAGCAUUUCAAAAUGCAGGACUCCCUUUGAAGCAUAAAUUCGGAAAGGUAGAAGACAGUUUGGAGCUCUCAUUUCUUGGGAGCGAUGAUGUGAAACUUGACGUUUUUUUCUUCUAUGAAGAAGAUGAUUACAUGUGGAAUGGAGGAACUCAAGUGAAGUCCGGAAAGAAAUUCAAAUACCUCUUUCCAAAGUUUACACAUUGCUGGACUGAAUUUGCAGAAAUGAAAGUUCGAGUGCCGUGUGAAACCCUAGAAUACCUGGAAGCAAAUUAUGGAAAAGGCUGGGAUGUUCCUGUCAAGAUUUGGGACUGGAAAAGUUCUCCACCCAAUGUACAGCCUAAUGGCAUGUGGCCUGUAGAUGAGUGGGAUGAUGUCAUUCAGAUAUACUAAAGAAAAUGGCAGUGUGAGAUCACAGUAAUGUUUGAAGUUUAGUAAGGAUCUACUACAUUAGGGCAUAAGUGCACCAUGGUGAAGAAAACUCCCAAGUAUACUGCUGUUGUAGAAUGAUGUCAUACUAAAGUGCACCAGUUUUCUUAUGAUUUUUAUGUUGAUAAUUUGUAAAUGUAAACCUAUUUCUUUUAGAAAAUUCUGAUAUCGCUGCCCGGCGUUCCCACUAUUUAUUGUUCAGCUUAACUGUAUUUUUUUCAUUUGUAAACACAACCUACUCACAUAUAACUGUGUCUAAUAGCAACAAGUUUAAAGGCUACAUUGGUAAAAUUGAGUAUUCUGCAACUGAUGUCUGAACUCUACAACAUUUUUGGUCGUGUGCAGUAGAAGAGAUAAUUAGUAACACAAACAUGAAGAGUGAUACAAAUGUGUUGAAAAUAAUUGGCCACUCUUUAAACAAAAAAAGCUUCAUUCAGCUGUAAAGUCUAGCAUUGUAAAAUAUAAGUUACAGUAAUUAUAUUAUGUUGCAGAGGGCCCAUCCUUGUUAACCCCUUAAGGACAAUGGGAGGUCCCAAAACCCAUUGAAAACGAUGCAUUUUGAUCCUGUACAUGUACGGGCUUUGUCAUUAAGGGGUUAAUAAUAAAAAAUAAAAAAAAUUGGAUAAAUCGAGUUCAGGUUCAGAACCUUUCCAAGAGGAUUCUGUGUUUUUUUGGUUGACAAUUUAAAAAACUGUUUACUUUAUACAAUUGGCUGAGCUCUUCCUUAACACAACCACUGAAAGGGAAUGUCAUGCAGCGUACUGCAACCACAAGUCACUCAGAAUUCAAGUGAAUGGGUCAUCCUGUUAGUUGGGAGGGUAUGUCUUAUAAUUUCUUUGGUGACAUUGUCUAAAAUAUUUGAUUCGUAUUGUCUAGUGAAUAUAUAAUUUUUUUCCCCCCUGGUUUUUGUGAUUCAUGCAAACUGCUGCUGCUACGGUUCUCGGAUACAGAAUCUACCUACCUCACAUACUGUUCUACGAUUAAAGGAAAACUACCAUGAACACAAA